GCUCGUAUAAAAGCCAGUGUCGUGCCUCGCCAUGGCAGGAACCGGCACACGGCACCGCAGACCCAGAAAGAUGAAGCUUCAACUUCUGUUGGUGGCGGCCUGCCUGUGUGCGGUCUCGGAUGCUUGGAUUCCGAAGAAACUCCUCAAGAAGUAUGCCAUGAAAAAGAUCAUGGGGAGCUGCUUCGGUGACCAGCUGAUCAGCGACAUCAAGCAGGAGGUCAAGGCCGCGUGUGACAAGUGCCACGGUGAAGCUGGACCCGAGCUGCCGCAGCUGCGCAGCCAGCUGGCCUCCGUGUUCAGCACGGCGGAGACGGCCCGGUCCAGCAACUACCAGCAUGCCGUGCAGUACGUGCCCGUGCCGGCCGCCUACCAGUUCCAGCCGGUGACGUACCAGUACCAGCGCCGCUGGAAGAGAAGCCACCACGGAUCCAUCACGCCGGAGAAACUGGAGGCGAUGCGCGUCAAGGCGUCCUCCAUGAUCGGCAACAUCACCUGCGUCAUGAGAGAGAUGAAGAUGCUGGACAGCAACAACCAGGUGGACUUCGCCUCCAUCAAGAAGCGCAUCAUGGAGCUGCCGCUGCCCAAGGAGCUGGUGGACGAUAUGUGCGAGGGUAUGGAUCACUGCCGCGACUUCGCCUCUUGCAUUCCCAGCCAGGUCUUUGAGAAGUCUCCCAUCAUGGCCGGCUUCGGCAAGCAGAUGGCGUUCUUCAAGUGCUUCAAGAUGGCGAAGGUCGAGUCGUGCAUGAAGCAGGACUUCCGCGAGGACUACUACCCGAUGCUUCUGCGCAGCGGACUGGACUUGGGCGAAGACGAGAGCUUCCAGACCAUCGUCACCUCCAUGAUGCUGGAGGAGGCCGGAGACAUGUGAACGCCUCCAGGAUAGCGGGCUGGGCCCAGCUCGGGGUGCACAAGAGCUGCGAUGCGUACCGCCGGGCGCGGAUGCACACAUUGAAUGUCUCUGGCUGUUCUGUGGCAUUUGUGUUGGUCCUCCGGAAUCAUUUUCCGGACGGAUUUGUCAGUUCGGUCAUUUUCUGGUGUGAUCUAGACGCAUACAGCUGUUGGAAUCUA